AUGGCUGCACCUAUCCAUAUCGCCGUCCCCAAAACUGAGGUCGCCCCAGUCCCUUGCUCCUCUCCGGCUGCCCAAAUGUCUUUUGAAUACCAUCCCCAAUUCGCGUUCGCCGAUGCGGACGUCGUCCUAUGCUCGACAGAGGGUACGCUAUAUCGCGUAUAUUCAUAUACCCUCAAAACGACGUGCGGGCUCUUCCGCACUAUGUUCUCUCUACCCCAGAAACUCGGUGUCGAAGCGGACAGCAAGACACCCGAGCCGAUCCCCAUAUACGAACACGACAAUGUACUCGAGAAGAUACUCUGCAUGAUACACGGUCUACCGAUACCGAAAUGGAAGUCGCUUGACGACCUCGAGCAGGUACUCUUCCUUGCUGAGAAGUGGGACGCGCAAGGGCCGCAGGACGCUAUUCGCGCCGUGCUCACGUCGCCCCAAUUCCUCACCGAACCCCUCCGUGUGUACAUUCUUGCUACUCAUUUCGACUGGGAAGACGAAGCCAAACUCGCUUCCCAAAGCACCCUAUCCCUAUCCCUCCAUGACGAGACCCAUCAGCCGCUUCUUUCACGACUUUCAUCGAAAUACCUCGUCCCAUUACUUAAUCUCCACCGGCGACGACGGGAUCUAUUCAAGGAACUCCUUGACAGCCCCGAGCGCUUUACAGCAGGGAACAGCAACCCCUACCAUUGUUCGCGUUGCGGCGUCACACAGCUCGAAAAUCACUCAUGGCGUGAGCUCAAAGCCGCCAUGUUCAUCGAGAUUGACAGAUGUCCCCUCGGAGAUCGGAUAGGGAGCUUGGAUCUAGCUUCAUGGCCAGAGGCACAGGCGUGUUGGGUCGCCCGAUGUAGGAAGGAAGGAUGCGGGGGACUGAACUAUGAUAAGGCAGCCACUCUAAGGCAAAUUAAAAACUGCCUGGAUCAGCUGCCUAUGACGAUUUGA